AUGCUCCGCGCCGCGUCCAAGAAGGCGAGGAAACGGGGCGGGACGAGCACCGUCGCCAUCAACCUGAGCAGCUGUAAGUACCCCCUGCUGAGGACCGUGAAGUCCAAACUGGGAUGGAAGGAGGUGUACGAUGAUGAUCCGGACGCGUGGAACCUGUAUUGGACAGACACGUCCAUCACCGCCGACCGCCUCAUGCGGUUGAAGCCCGGUCAGAAGAUCAACCACUUUGUCGGCAUGCUGGAAAUAUGCCGCAAGAGGAGCCUCGCGAGGAACCUGGCGCGGCUCGAGGUUGUGUACCCGCACGAGUUCGACUUCUCUCCGAAGACGUACAACCUCCCCGCGCAGCUCGAAGAGUUCUUGGAGGAGUUCAGGACCGUCGACGACGCCAAGAAGUCCAGGCGAAAGACGUUCAUCCUCAAGCCCGACGCCGGAUGCCAGGGGAGGGGAAUCUCUCUGGUGCAGGACGAGCGACAGGCGGCACCGGUCGUGGCGCAGCGGUACCUGGACCGUCCGUUGCUCAUCGACGGAUACAAGUUCGAUCUUCGCGUGUACGCCCUCGUGCUGUGCGCCGAUCCUCUGCGGAUAUUCCUGUUUGACGACGGCUUGGCGCGGUUCUGCACGGAGAAGUACGAGGCGCCCAAGUCCUCGAACCUCAAGACCGCGUACAUGCACCUGACGAACUACGCGGUGAACAAGAAGAACGAAAACUUCGUCUUCAACGAGGAUGGCGACAGCGACGCGGCGGGAUCCAAGUGGACGAUUCACGGCCUCCGCCAGUGGAUGGAGGACUCCGAUCUGGACUUUAACAAGAUGUGGGCCGAGGUCAAGGACCUGAUCGUCAAGACCGUCAUCAGCGCGCAGCCAGCGCUGGCGUAUAACUACAAGCAGGCUCUGCCCCCCGAGACUAACGACGGGUACUCGUGCUUCGAGAUUCUGGGUCUCGACGUGAUGAUGGACCAGGACCUGAAGCCUUGGCUCAUCGAGGUGAAUCAUUCGCCGUCGUUCACCACGGACACCCCACUGGACCUCGCCGUCAAGGAGGACCUCAUCAGCGACACGAUCGACCUCGUGGGUAUCGACGCCAAGGCUCUGGCGAAGAUGGAGGAGAAGGCAAAGGCGGAUGCCAUGUCCCGUCUAUUC